AUGGAAGAGGCCCAGAAUGGAGUCUUCGAUAUCACUGCAUAUGGUGGAAAAGACGGUGGAGACAUCACCCAGGCUGUGAUGGACGCUUGGAAAGCAGCAUGUGCAGCAACAGGGGCAGCUACAGUUUUGAUUCCAAAAGGGACGUAUACAAUGAAUUUAGUAAAUUUGGCAGGUCCUUGCAAGCAAGCACAAAUGAACUUUCAGCUUGAAGGGAUAGUUCAAGCUCCUGCUGAUCCAGCUGCCAUGGACUCCGAAAGUUGGCUUCUUUUUGAUCAUGUCGAUGACCUGACGGUCUUUGGAGGUGGAACCUUGGAUGGUCAAGGACAAAAGGCUUGGGAAAGCAAUGAGUGUUCCAAAAACUCAAAAUGCCCUCAAAUGCCAGCAAAUUUAAGACUCAACUUCGUCAAUAACGGUGUGGUCCAUGACAUAACCUCAUUGAAUAGUAAGAUGAUUCACAUCAUGAUCUUGAGUGCAAACAAUUUGACUAUUCAACAUGUUACAAUCACGGCACCGAGUACUAGUAUUAACACCGAUGGCAUCCACAUUGGAAGAUCAACCGGAGUAAAAAUUUUGGAUACAACAAUUGGCACAGGCGAUGAUUGUGUAUCGGUGAGUGACGGUAACAAAGACAUAACUGUCAGCAAGGUAACAUGUGGACCAGGGCAUGGCCUUAGUAUUGGUAGCUUGGGAAAAUAUGACAAUGAAGGACCUGUGGUUGGAGUGCAUAUAAGCGACUGCACUUUGACGAAAACAGAUAAUGGUGUAAGGAUUAAAUCAUGGCCCGACUCUAAACCCGGAAGUGCCUCUGAUAUCUCUUUCGAGAAUAUAGUGAUGAACGAUGUUGGUAAUCCAGUUAUCAUUGAUCAAGCAUACUGCCCAUACGGUGGAUGUAGCCAGGCACCAUCGCGUGUUAAGCUUAGCAAUAUCAAAAUUGCAGGGAUUAAGGGCACCUCAUCAACACAAGAAGCUGUAAAAAUCUUUUGUAGCCCAGCUUUGCCUUGUGAGAACGUGGAGAUCGGAGAUAUCAACUUGGCUUUUAGCGGAGGAGCGGCGACUUGUACAUGUGCAAAUACCAAGCCCACCCUUACCGGCACUCAAGUCCCACCUGUU